GCCCUAGGGAUGGGCGGAGCCCCGGCUGCCAGUGCUGGUGGCCGCCGCCGCUGCCCGAACUGGGGACCGAGCAGCCGCCUCUGCUCCCGCGCGUCGUGGCUUCCCAGGCGGCGGAAUGCUGGGGAAAGGCGUUGUCGGCGGUGGCGGCGGCACCAAGGUGCCCAAGCCGUCCUUCGUGUCGUACGUGCGCCCUGAGGAAAUUCAUACAAAUGAAAAGGAAGUAACAGAGAAGGAAGCAACUCUUCACUUGUUGCCAGGUGAAGAGCUGCUUUGUGAAGCUAGCACAGUCCUGAAGUAUGUGCAAGAAGAUUCCGGUCAGCAUGGAGUCUACGGAAGACUUGUCUGCACAGAUUUCAAGAUUGCCUUCUUGGGUGAUGAUGAAUCUGCCUUGGAUAAUGAUGAGACUCAAUUUAAGAAUAAGGUUAUAGGAGAAAAUGACAUUACACUCCAUUGUGUGGAUCAGAUUUAUGGAGUGUUUGAUGAGAAAAAAAAGACUCUCUUUGGACAACUAAAGAAAUACCCCGAGACACUUAUCAUCCACUGUAAAGACCUCCGAGUGUUCCACUUUUGUCUGAGGUACACAAAGGAAGAGGAAGUCAAAAGGAUUGUCAGUGGGAUAAUUCAUCAUACCCAGUCUCCUAAACUGCUGAAAAGAUUGUUUCUGUUUUCCUAUGCAACUGCUGCACAAAACAACACAGCCACUAACUCCAGGAACCAUACAGUAAUGUUUGACACACUUAAGGACUGGUGUUGGGAAUUGGAGCGGACCAAAGGCAAUGUGAAAUACAAACCAGUGAGUGUCAAUGAAGGCUACAAAAUUUGUGAGAGGUUGCCAGCGUACUUUGUUGUCCCCACUCCUCUUGCUGAGGAAGAUGUGCACCGCUUUCAGGGUCAUGGCAUACCAAUAUGGUGUUGGUCCUGCCAUAAUGGAAGUGCCCUUUUGAAAAUGUCAGCACUGCCCAAAGAACAGGAUGAUGGCAUUUUACAAAUCCAGAAGAGCUUCUUGGAUGGAAUUUACAAGACCAUCCACAGGCCACCCUAUGAAAUUGUUAAAACUGAAGAUCUAUCAAGCAACUUCCUAUCCUUGCAGGAAAUCCAGACUGCAUACUGUAAAUUUAAGCAGCUAUUUCUGAUAGAUAACAGUGCCGAAUUUUGGGACACAGAUAUAAAAUGGUUUUCUCUCCUAGAAAGUAGUAGCUGGCUGGAUAUCAUCAGACGUUGCCUGAAAAAAGCAAUAGAGAUUACAGAAUGUCUCGAAGCACAGAACAUGAACGUUCUUCUUUUAGAGGAGAACGCCUCCGACCUCUGCUGCCUCCUUUCCUCUCUGGUGCAAGUGAUGAUGGAUCCGCACUGUCGAACCAGGACUGGUUUCCAGAGCCUUGUACAAAAGGAGUGGGUCAUGGGUGGCCACUGCUUCUUGGAUCGUUGCAACCAUCUCCGCCAGAAUGACAAAGAAGAGGUUCCUGUGUUCCUGCUUUUCUUAGAUUGUGUCUGGCAGCUGGUGCAGCAACAUACUCCAGCAUUUGAAUUCACUGAGACUUAUCUGACUGUCUUGUCAGAUAGCCUGUAUAUACCUAUUUUUAGCACCUUCUUCUUCAAUUCACCUCAUCAAAAAGACACUAAUAUGGGUAGGGAAAGCCUGGAUACACAAAGCAAGCCUUUGAAUCUGCUCACCGUGUGGGAUUGGUCUGUACAGUUUGAACCCAAAGCCCAGACAUUGCUCAGAAACCCUCUCUAUGCAGAAAAGCCAAAGCCGGACAAAGGCCCACGGAAAGGAAUGCGUUUCAAACAUCAACGACAACUUUCUUUGCCACUUACCCAGUCUAAAUCAUCUCCCAAAAGAGGAUUUUUCAGGGAAGAGACAGAUCACUUAAUUAAAAACCUUCUGGGCAAGAGAAUUAGUAAACUUAUUAAUUCUUCUGAUGAGCUGCAAGACAACUCUCGAGAGUUCUAUGACAAUUGGCACAGCAAGCCCACUGACUACCAUGGUUUGUUGUUGCCUCAUAUCGAGGGACCAGAAAUCAAAGUCUGGGCUCAGCGUUACUUGCGUUGGAUUCCAGAAGCCCAAAUCCUAGGUGGUGGCAGAGUGGCCACCAUGAGCAAACUCUUGGAAAUGAUGGAGGAAGUCCAUAACUUACAGGAGAAAAUCAACGAGAGACAUCCUGGUCAGGCAGCCCUCCAUUCCGAGACUGACCAUGCAGAGGCCUCCUGCCUGCUGAGGAACUCUGCUCGCCUGUCCUCUCUGUUUCCUUUCGCUCUGCUCCAGCGGCAUUCAUCCAAGCCUGUCUUACCCACCAGUGGCUGGAAAGCUCUAGGAGAUGAAGAAGAUCUGGCUAAACGAGAAGAUGAGUUUGUGGAUCUUGGGGAUGUAUGAUUGUGUGUUCAGUGGUUGUGACGGGAGGCUGGGACUGUUGAUCCCUGGACUUGUGUCAUUCUAGUGCUGAGAGCCCAGUGCGCUCUGAUGGAGAAAACCUGGGCCCUUAGGAGGAGAACUGCUCCUCAGUAUUUCACAGUUCUGAAAGGCUGCAAUUUCUAUAGUAUUACUAAUUGGAGGGGAUUUCUACUUGACCUGUCAUAGGAUUGUGGCCAAUUUCACAGAACCUGGAAUGGCUGAUUUAUUACUAGAAAGCACUUCAGUAAGAUAUUCUUGGACUUAAUACUUUCUUCUGAUCCUUUCUGCGCCAAGAUAAGCAUUGAAGAUAUGUUUCUGUAAAGUCAUCUCAGAAGCAAGGUCAGCUUUAUGUGGUAUUUGAAGUAACUGAAAGAUAGAAAUAGACAUACGUAUGUCUAUUUCUUAAACCAUAGCAUUUUCCCUUUCUUUGUUCCCUUGUCUAUAGAAAAGCUAGGCAAUUCCACUGGUAUGGCUCAUGCAAACACUCAACCCCUGCUCCCUCCUCCCUGAACUGUUAUGUUGGGGGUGGGGGUGGGGGGAGCUAGCCAGCCACCUGCCCUCUUUUCUGUGCUGACAGCUCUGGCUUUUUCCUCUUCCUGUGCUGUGCACCUUGCCUCACAUAGCCCCGAUGUCUUGCUGCUAAGCCGGCAUUUAAACUGGAGGGAUUUUGUGCCCAGAGAAGCUUCCAAACCUCUGGAGAACAGUGUUUGAACACCUUGCUUUGUCUUCCUCAAAUUGCAUCCUGAGGAUGGGAGCACCUCUGACUGUCCUGUCCACAGCCCUCGUUGUCUCCGUUCCCUUCACAGAAGCUAGAGUGGGUCCCAUUUGAAUGUGGCUUUCAUAGGAAAGCAGCUAAGCCUACAUGUCUGAAGUGGUGAUUAUCAUACGAUACCUCAGUGAUUUCAAAAGCCAUAGAAGAAACGACUAUGCCUGGUCACCUUCCUGGAUCUGCUGUCUAAAUGAUAUAUAUUUUUUUAAUGUGUGAAAGUAUACUUUUUAAGGACCAGUUAUUUUCAUUCUCAAUGGAGCCCUGCCAAAUCCCACAAACGAAAGUUUAAAAAAAAAUCAUAUUAGAAUGUUUCAGAAUGAAUGUUUGCCUUUUAUAUGUAUUUGCUGUCCAGGAAAAAUCCCAACUUGAAUGUUAGAUGUUUAGAAGAACUCUCAGUUUCUCAAGGGCAGUAAGAAAUCUUGGAACUAUUCACGAAGAGUUUCUGAUUUGCACUGAACCAUCUUUUGUACAUACAAUCAUUUUGCUCUUCUCCCUCUCCGCACUAGUGCAGAGUGAGGCCCUCUGUCUUUUGAGAUGGCAGGCUGGGGAGAGGACAGGCUUCCUGCUCAAUCUUGGUUGCCUUAAGAGUCUUACAGGCCAGGUCCAUACUAGGCUUGGGGUGGGAGUUGAAAGGCACUGUUUCCUUAGCUACCUUGACUUGAGCUCUGCGGGCCUUCUUAACCAGCACUAACCUCUACUUCACCACCCCAAAUACACUAUGGACCUAACUAUUUUGUUACUAUUUUAACGUGAAUAUUUAUAUUAGAGCCUCUUCAGUCCUACUAAUUUCCAUCCCAAAAGUUUUGAGUGUGAUGCUUUAUACUCCAUACAGUAUAGUUUAAAGGCACAAGGUCCUGGCUUUUGUCAUAGCAGUUGAAUGUGUAUUGAAAUAUUUUUCUAUAAUUUUUUAAAAUUCACAAUAGGAAACUAAGCAAGCUAUUAUAGCAUGUAAGGUCAUGACAAUGUAUGUAUUUAUAUUUGAAAUCAGAUUUCUAUAACUUGUAUUUGUGUACAGAAUCCUCGGUGAGUUUAUAUAUUGUGAAAUUUUUAUUCCAGAUCGAGAUGUGGAUUAUGUAUGCUUAAUGGUAAAAGCUGAAAUGAGACCAUUUGCUUUGUUUAAAACGCUGCACUGUGCAAGUUUGGAAAUGUACAAUAGUAACUUACUGUAUAUAAUAUCUUGUUUGUUUAUACCUCCAAGUUUUUACACUGAAGAUAAACUAGCUUUAAUUAAAUUCAAUUUUUUAAAGGGAAUAAGCUGUUGGGCAAAAUCUGUACAAAUGUGCUUUUUAUGUUCUGGAUGUAUAAUGGAAGUUUAUACUUGUAUCUCACUGCGUCAUAUCUGAUUGCAGAGAUUAAAGCACAACUUACAAGCA